CCUCAACUUGGCGACACUGGAAGUUUCUCCGACAGCACCUGUAGCCAGAGGCCCUACCUGAGCAGCAGUGGCCCCGGCCCACUGGGCCCCCCGGUGGCCCCCCCUAGCCCCGCCUCCCUGGCCUGGGCCCAGAGGACCCGGCACCAGCCUGCUAGCCUGGCGCUCCGGAAGCAGCAGAAGGAGGACAAUAGACAAGCCCUGUCCAAAAGCUAUGAGCUGUCCACAGAUCUACAGGACAAGAAGGUGGAAAUGCUGGAGAGGAAGUAUGGCGGUUACUUCCUCAGUCGGCGGGCGGCACGCACCAUCCAGACGGCGUUCCGUCAGUACCGCAUGAACAAGAACUUCGAGCAGCUACGAAGCUCUGCCUCUGAGAGCCGGGUGACUCGACGUAUGAUCCUGCCUAACAUGAGACUGCAGUACUCGUUUGACGAGCGGCCAGGCCAGCCCCAAGGCCAGGGGGUUCAACAGGGACAGAGGUAUCAGCACCCUGGAGGCCAGCCUGGGGAUGAAGAGAUGGAGGCUGGGUCUCCUCCACGCUGCCAGGGGGCCAGAGAGGAGGACACACACCUGGACGAGACCUUCUCCAAACAGGUCAAGUCCCUGGCUGACUCCAUCGAUGACGCCCUGACCUGUCAGUCUGGUGUGGAAGACUUUCAGGAGGAGGAGGAGGAAGAGGAAGAGGAGGAGGAAGGUGACGGAGGCGAGACAGGGGUGGAGGCAGACGACUUUGAAGAGUGUGUUUGGAGACCGAGGGAGGGAGAAAGACAGAGGGGCGGAGGAAGAGGAGGAGUGGGAGGAAGAGGAGGAGGAGAGAGACAGAGCAUGCACGAGGACAGCACAGCCACCUUCUACAGCGACGUGACCCUCUACAUGGAUGACGGGCUCCCUUCUUCGCCCCAGUCCCUGGACCGGGCCCCCAGCAGCACCGACACAGAGUACUGGAGCCCUGGAGUCUGUGGCGGCGGAGUAGGGGGGCGCGAGGACAGCCGGGACACAGCGGGAGGGGGCAGCAGUAACAGCCGACGCAGCACCCCCUGUACUGAGUGUAGAGACUACAGCCUGAGAGGAUCUCACCUGCCCCUGCUGACCAUUGAACCCCCAAGCGACAGCUCUGUUGAUAUGAGUGACCGCUCGGACCGUGGCUCUAUAGGCAGACUGGUCUACGAGACAGAACCAGGGGGAGGUGGUGGAGGAGGGUCGCCUCAGGGCACUAUUAAACACAACCCCCACCCAAAUCCUCACCCCAACCCCAACGGGCGAGCUCUCCCAUAUCACCCUCUACACCACCACCCGUACCCCGACACCCCUACCUCCUCCUCUCAGUCCCCCCAGGGACCACCCCUCACCCCGCUAUCUUCCUCCUCAUCUGCCACACUGCCCCCUGGUGGCCUGGAGCAGGUCUGCUGUUCUGACGGAGACAACGACUCUCUCAGCUCCACCACCAACUCUAACGAUACCAUCAACUGCUCCUCCGGGUCCUCGUCACGUGACAGCCUCCGCGAGCCCCUCCCACCGCUCGGAAAACAGACCUAUCAGAAAGAGAGCAGGCACAGCUGGGAUAGCCCCGCCUUUAACAAUGACGUGGUGCAGAGACGACAGUACCGCAUCGGACUCAAUCUGUUCAACAAGAAGCCAGAGAAGGGUAUCCAGUACCUGAUAGAGAGAGGCUUCGUAUCGGACACACCAGUAGGCAUCGCCCGCUUCAUCCUGGAGAGGAAAGGACUGAGCAGACAGAUGAUAGGGGAGUUCCUGGGCUGCAGACAGAAACAGUUCAACAAGGACGUACUGGAUUGUGUGGUGGAUGAGUUGGACUUCUCAGGGAUGGAUCUGGAUGAUGCCCUCAGGAAGUUCCAGGCCCAGAUCAAAGUCCAGGGGGAGGCCCAGAAGGUAGAGAGACUGAUAGAGACUUUCAGUCAGCGGUACUGUGUGUGUAACCCGGUGCUGAUACAACAGUUCCAGAACCCCGACACCAUCUUCAUCCUGGCCUUCGCCAUCAUCCUCCUCAACACAGACAUGUACUCUCCCAACGUCAAACCAGAGAGGAAGAUGAAGCUGGAGGACUUCAUCAAAAACCUCAGAGGAGUUGACAACGGUCAGGACAUUCCCAGAGACCUGUUAGUAGGGAUCUACCAUCGCAUAGAGAAAUGGGAGCUACGCACCAACGAUGACCACGUCUCACAAGUACAGGCUGUGGAGAGGGUUUUGGUCGGCAAGAAGCCUGUGCUUUCGCUGCCCCACCGCAGGUUGGUGUGUUGCUGUCAGCUGUACGAGGUGCCUGACCCUAACAGAAGCCAGAGGACUGGAGUCCACCAGAGAGAAGUCUUCCUCUUCAACGACCUGCUCGUAGUAACCAAGAUCUUCCAGAAGAAGAAGACCUCUGUGACAUACAGUUUCAGACAGUCCUUCCCACUAGUCGAAAUGCAGGUCCACAUGUUCCAGAACCAGUACUACCCCCAUGGUGCCCGUCUGACGUCAGCCAACCCUGGCGGGGAAAGAAAGGUUCUGAUUGUGUUUAAUGCUCCGAGCCAGCAGGACAGAACACGCUUCACCUCCGACUUGAGAGAGAGCAUCGCUGAGGUGCAGGAGAUGGAGAAAUACAGAGUUGAGUCGGAGUUGGAGAAGCAGAAAGGAGUGAUGAGGCAAGUUGUGGACGGGUCUGGCGGUGUUGGUCCUAGCUGCGGCGUGAAGGCGGUGAACGGCACUCUGGGUAGGCCCAGUCUGGACGACAGCUAUGUCUCUGCAGACGGACUAAAACGUACCGCGCUCAGCUCAUCACUGAGAGACCUAGCAGACACAGGAAAGCGGGGCCGCCGGAACAGUGCUGGCUCCCUGGACAGUACUCUGGAAGGCUCCAUCAUUAGCAGUCCCCGGCCUCACCAGCGCCCCCACAUGGCUGAAGGUAUAAUGCCACCCGGCUACUACCGGCCUCAUCACCCCAUCCUGAGCCCCGGGACGGGGGUGGGGGGUGGGCCGGGGCUAAAUCACCACACCGCUACUGGGACGACGGCACUGGGUCCCAGCAGUGGAGACCGAAGGGGGACUGGAUCCCAGGGGAGCGGGUCUGGAGGGGGAGGGGGCAGUGGAGGAUCCUUCCUGGGUUCCCUGUUCGGGAGCAAGCGCUCCAGCACCAAGCCCCCUGGUCCUCUCACCCCUCUCCUCCCACCUGGGCUGCCACACUACCCUGCACCUGUCCCCCCGCCCACCACUGGCGGCCCGCCCCCACACUCCCCCUCCGCCCUCAGCCACUCCGACCCAGGAGGGCCCUCCAAGAUCCAGGCCCUGCACGCCCAGUACUGCCACAACAGUAUCGCGGGGCAGCAGCCUCCUCCACCCUACCACCACCACCACCACUACCACGCCCAGACAGGGCCCGCUCCCAGCCAGCCCUCCUCCACCGCCCAGGGGGCCCCUGGGCCUCAUACCAUCCACAGGGGCCCCAUGGUGGGGGACCCCAAGCGGCCGGGCCCCGGUCCCGUUCCCUCCCACCCCCAGCUCCAGCAGCUCUCCGAGCCUCUGCUGGCCCAGCUGCAGCCGCAUGGUGUACAGGGUCAGGGGGGGCGCUAUACCAUCAUGGGGGGUUCUAUGGGGGUAGGAUGCCCCGCUCCGCCCCUUUCUCCACAUUCCCCUCUCUCCCCGGUGCCCCCAGCCCUCUACCACACACACGGUCGGGGAGGAGGAGGAGGAGGAGGAGGAGGAGGCGCCAAGCUCCCUCUUACUCUCUCGCGCUCGCAGCCCCACCCUCACGCCCACACCCACGUCCCUCAUCUUACCGCUCAUUCCCACAACCACAGCCCCCACCCCGGCCUGUCCCCCAGCCCUCUUACCGCCCAGCACCCUCAGCACCAGACUCACUUUAUCUUUGGCACCCCGCCCCCACAGACCCCUACCGCCCGUCACAUCCCGCAGGCCGCCGCCCACAGCCACACCCAGUACCUCCCGCUCUCCUCCAUACCCCCUCCCCCUCUGCACUCCCCUUUACCCCCCCCUCUCUCCCCCUACACCCACCCCCUCCAGCAGCAGCCCGGCCAGCCGCCCCAGCUCCAGGGGUCUGGCGGGGGCAGCGCCAGCAGCACGGGCACGGGGAGCACCGGCAGCUCCAAGUCCAAGCCUAUCAACCGCAUCAGCACGGUGGUGUGAGUGUCAGGAGACGCAACAACCCUCCCAGACACCAGGGGACACCGCUCGUCAGACUGAGGUCAUCAGACCAGGACAACUACAGGUUUAAGAGGGGCCACGCCCAGGUCAUCCAAUAUGGCCGCCAGCGCUCUGGGAGAAGCAGGAGGAGGAGGCGGUACUUGCUCAGGCUGUGUUACUUCCGCCUCCGGUUCCCUCACAGAUUCACAUUCAGGUAGCGAGGAAGAGGAAGAUACUAACUCACUGAAGAGGAAUAGGAAGAUACUAACUCACUGAAGAGGAAGAGGAAGAUACUAACUCACUGAAGAGGAAGAGGAAGAUACUAACUCACUGAAGAGGAAGAG